GUUGGUUGCGUCGUUUUUAAUCUUUCUGAAUUUGUGAAGAUGGAGUCGAUAGAAGAAAGGAAUAACUACUACAUUCAGAAAAUACUUUCAGAUGUUGUUACGAAGAAACUUGUUGAUUUAUUUAUCCAAGAGUGGGACAUUAAUUGCAAAAAAUCCAACGGAGAAUGGGAUAAUACAAACGUUAGUGGUCAAAAAUUGUUCAACAUUGAAAGAUCAAAAAAAAUAUUUCGUGAUGAAAAAAUUUUGUCAAAACUUAAAGAUGGUGACACAAGUAAGUGGGAUUGCACGACAAUAUGUUAAGCAAUAUUGUUUACCCACUCAAUUGGAACAAAAAUUCACCCGAAAGUUAAAGCUGCUGUGGAAAAACUUCGUGAUGUAAGAAACGAUUUUACCCAUGUUAAUCCAGGAAGAAAAUCUGAUACUGAAUUUGACAAAAUGCUUUGUGAUAUUGAAAAGUCAUUUAAAGAUCUAGCAUUUCCAUUCACUGAAAUUAAUGAAACUAAAUGUCAACGAAACACAUUUAAUUCUUUUCAAGAACUUCCUUGCAAACCAAAUCACGAUGUGGUUAAACGUACAGAGUUACUUAAUCAAAUCACAGCAGAUCUCAAUAACUUGCGCAGUACUAACAAUAAUGAACUAACAUAUUACUAUAUUUCUGGUAAUCCUGGAAGUGGUAAAUCUGAAUUAGCUAGACAAAUUUGCGAAGAAAUGUAUAACUCGUUUGACUGGAAAAAGAAUACGACAUUUGUAAUGACACUCGAAGGAAAAGAUAUCGACUCUCUUUUGAAAACUUAUGAAGACCUUUGUAAACAAUUAAACAAUGAUAAAACUGUCAUUGAAAAUAUUUCAAAAGAAGCAAAAAGCAGCAAAGACACAAUUAAAGAUUUUCAAUUAUUGCUGAAACAACAACUGAAAUCUUGGCAAACAUGGUGGAUUGUUGUAGAUAACGUGGUUGAACUUCAUAAAAUUUAUCCAUUAUUACCUCAAGUUGGUGAUCAUAGUUGGAAAAAUGGACAAAUUAUAGUAACUGUCCAAAAUACAGAUGCUAUACCACCAAAUGGAAAUCUAAAUAAACACAUUUCAGUCAGUCAUGGUAUCAAUGAUGAAGAAUGUCGACAACUUCUAUUUGUCUUUUCUGAUAUUAAUAAUAAAGAUGAAAAAUUUUUAAAGGAUUUAUCAGACAAAUUAGAUCGUCAACCGUUGUUCCUGGCAAAUGCUGCUUCCUACGUAGGUUGUGUAAAAAGUGUAAAUCCGACAUUCACGUGGGAGAAAUAUUUUGAUAAGUUGAAUGAAGGAGAGCGACAGAACAUGGAUGCCAAUUUUCAUAAAAUCAACACAUCUUACUUAGGAAUGAAAACUGUUAUGAUAGCAUUCAAACAAGGCAAGGUAAAGUAA